AUGGCGCCCUCAAAUGCGAACCCACCAUCGCUGCCUCCAACAGUAGAGGAGGCAUACCGCCGGAAGUGUAUACAACUAAAGCAGAGAUCAAAGGAGAUUGAGGACGAGAACGAUGCCUACAGACUACGCCUAAGGCGCCUAGAGCGCCAGAUCCAAAAAACCCGUCUUGAGCGCGCUUUCCUCUUAGAACAAAUCGCCAAACGCACAAGCACAAAUGUAGAAGAUUCAGAUGGUAGCCCGAGUCCUCCGCCAACGGUACGACACUCUUCGCCAGGCCUUGAUGGAAAUGAAUCGACUAACGCUCGAGGAUUUCAGCCAGAAGAUAAGCCCAUGAGGGUCAAGAGAGGCCACAAAUCUCUCCUCGCGUCCGAGCUCACCACUUCCGGGCCAACCUUCAUCGACGACAACCCCCGUCUAUACUCCCCCAAUGGGUCAGACAGUUUCCCCCGUGAUUCCUUUACCCGCAAUGGAAAUAUACCCAAGCCCCCGAAGCGGCCCAGCAAUGGAUUUGAGAUCUAUUGUAAUGACACUCGACCUCUCCUGCAGGAGAAGCACAAGGACGAAAUCGCCAACGGCGAGUAUCAGCUAGAGCAAGAGUUGGCAAAGGGCUGGAAAGAUCUCACCUCUGACGCACAGGCUGUUUACCAGAAGCGUUAUGAGGAGGCACUCAAGCAAUGGAAAGAGGAGCGCGAUGCCUACCGCCGCAGUGUCAAAGGCGCUAAGGCUGGUCGUAAUGGUUACGAUGAUUACUCCCAAGCUCCUAGCAGACGCGGCCGUGGCUCGGCCGCUGCCGCCAGACAACGCUCUCUUCUUGCUCAGCAGGACGACGAGGAUGCCAGUGUCAUGGAGGACCAGGGUGAUGAGCAGGACAUCGAGAUGGGAGACGCUGAUCCGGCUGAGGAGGGCCUCUACGAUGAUCCAGAGACCGAGGACGAGCCGGAACCCGCCGACUCAGACUAG